GCACCCAAAAAGAAAGGGAAGAAAGGCAAAGCCAAAGGCAUCCCCGUUGUUGAUGGGCUCGCGCCAAAGAACAUGACCAAGGAGCAGGUCAGCAGGUGCAGGCUGAAGGUUCGAGUCAUUCAGUCUGGCUCGGCCUGCUGCGAGCUCAGUUUGAAGCCAAAACAAGAAGGAAUUCCACAGAACAUGAAGAACAGCUCUGUCUCAAGAAGAACUCUGAAAAUGAUUCAGCCUUCUGCAGAUGGGUCCCUCGUUGGCAGAGAAAAUGAGUUACUGAAAGGCUUGUCCGAAAGCAAACAUUGGAAUGGCCGGUUAACAUCCAAGACUUGCAGCUCUGGCCCAGAGUCUAGUGAAAAUGUUGAAGGAGUCACCCAGGAAGCAGCUGAUCUUAUGAAGAAAGAAAAUCUAUCCUCUCAAUACUGGAGAGAAGUGGCAGAAAAAUAGAGGAAGGCUCUCUAUGAAGCGCUUAAAGAAAAUGAGAAGCUUCAUAAAGAAAUUGAACAGAGGACAGUGAAAUCACCCACCUGAAAAAGGAGAACUGGGAGUUGUCAGAAGUGGCAGAACAUGUACAGUACAAGGUCACCGAGAGGCUGUCUAAUGAACUUCUGGAUAGUUUGGAGUCACCAGAUAGUCAGGAAUUUGGUUCUGAAGAGGACACCCUUGAGGAUUCUGAAGUGGAAGGCUCAGAUUCUGGGACAUGUGCUGAAGAGAUUGUGUCUUCCUCUAGGGGUGCAAAGUCGUGCAUGUGAGGAUGCCUCACUUGAUGCCCUGUGCCUAGUCAGGUUGAGGAACAUGUCAGCCGCAUUCGGGAGGAGCUGGACCGAGAGCGUGAGGAGCGCAACUACUUCCAACUGGAGCGUGACAAAAUCCACACCUUCUGGGAGAUCACGAGGAGGCAGCUGGAGGAGAAGAAGGCUGAGCUGCGAAACAAAGACCGAGAGAUGGAGGAGGCAGAGGAGAGACACCAGGUGGAGAUCAAGGUGUACAAGCAGAAAGUGAAGCACUUACUGUAUGAGCACCAGAACAACCUGGCAGAGGUGAAGGCUGAGGGUACUGUAGUCAUGAAGCUGGCCCAGAAGGAGCACCGCACACAGGAGAGUACAUUGCGUAAGGAUAUGCGGACAUUGAAGGUGGAGCUGAAGGAGCAGGAGCUGGCCAAUGAGGUGGUGAUAAAGAACCUGCGGCUGAAACAUGCUGAGGAGCUCACCAAGAUGCGGAGUGACUUUGAAAGACAAGUUCGAGAAAUUGAGGCCAAGUAUGAUAAGAAAAUGAAGAUGCUGAGAGAUGAGCUUGACCUGCGGAGAAAGACUGAGAUCCAUGAAGUGGAGGAGAGGAAGAAUGGCCAGAUCAAUCUGCUGAUGCAGCGUCAUGAGGAGGCUUUCACUGAUAUCAAGAACUACUACAAUGACAUUACCCUCAACAACCUGGCUCUCAUCAGUUCCCUUAAGGAACAGGUGGAGGACAUGCGGAAGAAAGAAAAGCAUCUGGAGAGGGAGAUGGCAGAGGUGUCUUUGCAGAACAGGUGCCUGGCAGACCCUCUGCAAAAAGCAAGGGAUGAGAUGAACGAGAUGCAAAGGAGACUUGGAAACUAUGAAAGGGACAAGCAAAUCCUGGUUAGUACAAAGGCACGUUUGAAGGUUACUGAGAAGGAGCUGAAAGACCUGCAGUGGGAACAUGAGGUGCUGGAGCAGAGGUUCAUCAAGGUGCAGCAGGAGAGGGAUGAGCUCUACAAGAAGUUCACUGCAGCCAUUCAGGAGGUUCAGCAAAAGACAGGCUUCAAGAACUUGGUGUUGGAGCGAAAGCUGCAGGCACUGAAUACUGCCAUGGAGAAGAGGGAGGUGCAGUUCAAUGAGGUGUUGGCAGCCUCCAACCUGGAUCCUGCAGCACUAACGCUUGUGUCCCGCAAGCUUGAGGAUGUUCUGGAAUCAAAGAAUACCACCAUCAAGGACUUGCAGUAUGAGCUGGCCCGGGUCUGCAAGGCCCACAAUGACCUGUUGCGCACAUAUGAGGCGAAGUUGUUGGCGUUUGGGAUCCCCUUGGAUAAUGUGGGGUUCAAGCCCCUGGAGACAGCUGUGAUUGGACAGGCACUGGGCCAGGGCCCUGCAGGACUUGUGGGUGCCCCGACGUAGCUACCUUCUGGGUACUGCACCUCAGAGCUGACCUGCUUCACUCUUCAACUGACACCCCUUUCUAUACCAAGGACAGUAGGUUUUUGUUUUGUAUCAUCAGCAAUGAAGUUUUUUCCAUGUUU